AUGUCUAAAACGAAUUCCUUGAGCGCAAUGCGUCGUAGCCCUUCACUAUCGCGAUUACUACUCGCUGCAAUCCCUCUAUUAUGUCUCAUCCAGACAGUAUCAGCAUAUCAUAUGAAUCCUUUCUUCGAGAGAAAUGCGAAUCCUCUUCCGCGACCUGCAAGAUGGGGUCCUCCAAUGAAACGAGACUCCAUACCUCUUGUUAUCAGCAAUAACUGCGCCGAGACUAUCUGGCCAGCCAUCGGUACCCAAGCAGGCACGGGCGCUGGUACUGGUGGUUUUGAGCUGUCUCCUGGUAAUAGUAAGAGCUUAACUGUUAGCGGAGAUUGGCAGGGCAGAGUUUGGGGCAGGACAAACUGUAGUUUCAACGUCGCAGGGAAUGGUGCCAGCAAUUUGAAUGGGGUCGAUGGCUCUGGUGCUGCGUGCGUUACUGGUGAUUGUGCUGGAGUGUUGAGCUGUGUUCUUACCGGAAGAACACCCAUCACACUCGCCGAAUUCGACCUCGCAGGAGGAACCGGGGGUGAACAAACUUUCUACGACAUCUCACUUGUCGACGGCUACAAUCUCCCCAUGCAAGUCAUCUACAUUCCAGGAAACAACCCCAAAUUGAAAAAUAUUCCUCCAAAUCUCACAAAUGCUGCUUGCAUUGCAACUGCCGGUCUGAUGUCAGCUCCAGCCGGUUCAGGUACUUCAGGCAACGCAACUACAACCGCAAACCCGCUUCCCUACGAAUCGAGACAAGACUCCAAAAGUAUAGCUUCCUGGUGUCCAUGGGAUCUUCAAGUCAAGCAACCUACCAAGCCAGGAGAUGGAGUCUACCCAUAUCCAGAUGACAACAUUCAACGCCCAAUCUUCGACCCUUGUCUCUCUGCCUGUGCUAAAAACAACCUCCCAAAGGAUUGUUGCACAGGCUCUUACAACGAUGCCAAGAAGUGCAAACCAGGUCUAUAUUCUAGGAACGCCAAAGCCGUCUGUCCCGACGUCUACAGUUUCGCUUUCGAUGACCAGACCUCUACCUUUGUGAUCCCCACCGGCGGUGGCUGGGAAGUCAAAUUCUGUCCCGAGGGCAGAAGCACGAAUAUCAUAAACACGUUCAAGUCGCAAUUGGGGGCGUUGGGUCAAAGUGGACUCACAAAGGCGAUUGAGGAUGCUGCUGCGAACAUGACUAUUAUUGAAGAAGGGGCCAAGAAGAGUGGUGCUGAGCGAGUUAGGGGCGAGCCGGCUAUGGGAAGAGGAAGUUUGGGAGCUUUGGUCGUGGUUGUUGCUUGGGCUGUUUUGUGUUAG